AGUCCAGCUCCCCGCACAACAACAAACGCGCUUUCAGCAGCAGGAAGAGACGCAAGAGAGAGAAAGAACACAUCAAACAUCUAGUUUAGUAAACAGAAAUCUUUGUAAAGUUACAAGUGUGUGGAUAAGAUGAUUUAUAAUAAGGACGAAGAACACAUCGCUUCAAGAUUUUCUCAGCAGACUUGGUAGAGCGGCUGUCCCGGACUGUCCACCUCAACAUACCCGUUUUGGAGAACAAAGCGACAAAGACGGAAUGAGGAUCUGCUCACUGUUGUGAGUUCUUGGGAUGCUCAACCGACCUGUCCGCCAUGCUUUUCUAAGGCCUCCAGAAACUAAAGACGGGGUGUCAUUGUAAGAGCGAGUGAGCUGCCACCAUGGCCAUGGUUCAGGCUCUGCCCCUAUCUGCUGAGUCACACAAUCCAGGACUCAGUGGAGGCCCCCGCAGAAGACACGCCUCCGGCUCUUCACCCCCCAUCAACGCGCAACCCUCUGCUCUGGAUUCUAUGGGUUCUGUCAGCAGCCUAAUCACCUCCCGCCCCGGACACUACCAGGACCAUCGAUCUGUGGGUGAGCUGGGAGCCAGGAUCCGGCGGUCCACACCAGGUGCUGCCUGCCUGGGCUCUGAGUCGCCCCCAGACUCUUUAAUACAGCACUGCAUCGAGAAGGAAAGCUCCAUGAUGUCCAGCAGGGGGCUGGAGAAGGAGAGUGGGGGGAACUUCACUUAUCUGAAUGAGGACUUUAUAGGCGACUGGAAUGACAACCGUGUAACAUGUGGGAGUCCAGGAAGUGACGCAUACGAGAGUAAAGGAUCAGGGUUGAAUGGGAACAUGGGAGGGCCUCCUCCUAAGCUGAUCCCUGUGUCAGGGAAACUUGAGAAGAACAUGGAGAAAGCAGUGCUGCGGCCCACUGCCUUCAAACCCGUCAUUCCAAAGAGCCGUACCUCCAUGCAGUACCUCUCGCCCCGCCACUCUGCCAACACAUCCGAGAGCCAAAACAACCUGAACCUGCUGAGCCCUUCACACACAGAGGUGUCGCCCUCGGAGAAAAGCAGCUCGCACAGCAGGACCCGUAACAGCGGAGGCAGCAGCCAUUCCUGCCAACUGACCGACUCCGGGCGCAACUCCCUCUCCAGCCUCCCCCCUUACAGCGGCGGCUACAGCCUGGCAUCAGGAGAGGCCUCUGUCGGCCACCUGGAGCCCAUGAAGAGCGCUCCACCUGUCAGCGCACACGGACACUCCAACUCAGACAGCGGCCGCUCAUCCUCCAGUAAGAGCACGGGCUCGGGCUCCAUAAGUGGCCGGGGCCAGCCUCUGUCUGACAGCGGGUCCAGCGGGCGCUCUCCCGGCCCGGUGGAAGGGUACGAGGGGGUUGUGAGGGACCUUGAGGACAAGCUGAGGGAAAGGGAGCUGGAGCUGCAUCAACUCAGAGACAACCUGGAUGAGAAUGAAGCUGCGAUCUGUCAGGUUUAUGAAGAGAAGCAGAAGCGCUUUGAGCUGGAGCUGGAGGAGCUGAGGCAGGGCUGUGCCACCAGGAUGCAGGUGGCCUCGCAGAAAGCCCAGCGUGCUCAGCAGGUGCUGCAGUUGCAGGUUUAUCAGCUGCAGCAGGAGAAGAAGAAGCUGCAGGAGGACUUUUCUCAGCUUCUGAAGGAGAGGGAGCAGCUGGAGGAGCGCUGCACCUCCUAUGAGCACGAUAAGAUCCAGCUGGGGCCUCGACUGGAGGAGAGCAAGUGGGAGGUGUGUCAGAAGUCGGGGGAAAUCUCACUACUGAAGCAGCAGCUGAAGGAGGUGCAGGUGGAGUUGGCCCAGCGUGUGGGGGAGAUCGUCUCCCUGCGGGGUCAGCUCAGAGAGUCUCGUGGAGAGCUGACAAACAGCCAAGUCCUGCUCCAGGAGGCCCACGGCACAACCCGCACACGGACCCUGGAGCUGGAGGUGUGCGAGAAUGAACUUCAGCGGCGCAAGAGCGAAGCAGAGCUGCUCCGAGAGAAGGUAGGACGCCUUGAGGGAGAGAUGGCUCACCUCAGAGAUGCUCUGGCCAAUCAGGGGCCAGGAAACAGACAGUGUCAUGUGUUCCAGGAAGCAGAGGAACACAUGCUUGCAUACGAGAGUGAUGAGGCGAAGGCCAAGCGGCAGAGCAGCAGCGAGGCCCUGCAGAACAUGAAGGUGCAGAUGGACAGGAUGAGGGCCGAGCUGGCCUAUGAGCGGCAGCGGGCCGAGCAGCAAGCGGGGGGCUUCGAGGAGGAGCGCAGGGUAUGGCAGGAGGAGAAGGACAAAGUUAUCCGCUACCAGAAGCAGCUGCAGCAGAACUAUGUGCAGAUGUAUCGCAGGAACCGAGAGCUGGAGCAGCACCUGCAGGAGCUCAGCCACGAACUGGAGAGCAGAGAGGAAGACGAGGGCAGCGGCAACGAGAUCAACUUUGAUGAGAUCGCCGCAACGGAAAUUUGAACCCUGUGUCUCUCCAUCUUUGAUUUGCACUACUGUCAGUUAAGUAUUUACCCCUACAUGUCACAGAUCUGAUCUUUUGUGCCGUUUGUUGACAUGACAAAUAAGCAAGAUAUCACAAAAACAAUUCAUUACAGUAAAAUCAGCCGUAUGCAAAUUCUGCCUCAUUGGUCUAUUUUCCAAGGAGACCCACUGGAAAGCCAAUGACCUCUAUUAGUCAAUUGUAGGCCACCUCAGUCCUCUGGAUCUGCAAUAAGUUCAUAUUUUUUGAAGUAUGAGGUACUUACCUAAAGUAACCAAUCUAAAUCAGUUUAAGUCUGUGCUAUUUUUAGAAUAUUUUCAGAUACGAUUUCCUUGUAAUCAGACAGCUCUUUUAAAUGGGGAACUAAAGCCAUUAUAUCCAUCUAUCUCUAUUUGCAAAAAUAUAAUUAUACCUGUUUUAUGUGGCUUUGGUGAAUCCAAACAAACCCAUUUAAAACACCACAGUCCCACAAAAAUAACUUAAUAAGACAUUGUUGGGGCUUUCUUUGCCUUUAUUCAAUAGUACAGCUGAAGAUAGACAUGAAAGGGAGAGAAAAAGAGGGGAUGACAUGCAUUAGAGUCUGGUGGCUUUCAAUAGAUAAGACUUGUUGGAAAAGGGAUGGUAAGGUAAAGCAGGUGAAAUAUUCCAAGUAUAGUGUACACUUAAAAUGAUAUUGAUUUACUUUGGGUGGCUUAAAUUAAUUUUGCUGCCGGCACCUUUGAACUGCAGCCCCAGGAUUAGCUUCUGUGCUGGUUCUCCGAUCUGUUCCUCCAAACUUGGGGUGUGUUGAUCAUCAUAUACAUUAGGUAUACACUGACUUUGUAGGACCUCAUACAACCCCGCUUCAAACUAUCCCAAUGAUAAUAACUAAAUGUUUUGAGUAACUUCACCAGACCUCCUCCUGAGUUGGUUAUGACUCCACCUUCCAGGCUGGCUUUCCCACCACACUCCCACUCAGUGUCAGCUCUGAUCAGUGUGUUUAGCUGAGCCCACGCUUGUUUUCGAUGGACAGUUGAAGUGAGACACCACACAUUCAAUGCGUCAUGAUCAGAGUGAGAGCAUCACAGCGAGGUGCUGAUGAUGGUGAGUUCACUCUGCAUGACUGACAUGUACCAGUAGAUGUAGCUAGAUUAAAUGGUAGGGACCAAAAACUAGAACUUUUCUGUCAUAUGGCACAAAUGUUGUUUUUUAUAAUAUAAAGUGCAGUUUGAGGGACACAAAGGUUCAGCCUCCUCCAGUUGUACUCUUAUAUCCUGAACACUUUACCCUAAAUGGUGGAAUGAUAUCAUGAACAUCUGUACAGUCUUAUGUCAUCGAACACAGUAACAUCUGGAUCAGAUACGCCCUGAACACCUUCCAUUUAGUACACGUCACACAUCACAAAUGAAUAAACUAAUCACUUUCCUGUAGUGUUGGAGAACCAUAAUAUAUGUUCAGUAAUUAUAUCCUGCAAUAUUGAUAAGUGUAUAUGUAUGUCAUGAUAUUGUAAAAGUUUAGGUAAAUCAAAUUUUAUAGCAGGCUAGUUUGGCAUGUCAAAGAGCAGGUAUAAUUAAUAACAGCUGCAUUCCCAUCACAAGGAAUACAAAAUUAUAAAGGAGUUAAAAGCAUUGUAAAAGAUAAAGAGACAAAAUACUUAACUUCUAAUAUCUAAAAUUGUUAAAAUAAUUGGGUGUGGGUGAUUUUGACAUUACUAAAGGGAAAUGGUGCACUAAAUGAAGGGUGUUUUGGUGUUAAACAACUUUGAUAUGUUUUUCCACCAAACUUUAUGAUCUGUUUCAUAUGUGUUUUACUCUCCAGAACCAAGAGACUUUUUUGUUCACAACUGCUGAUUGAAAACUCAUCCUCUGUAAAGAACCCGUAAAGUUUCACACCUGAGAUUCCUCUCCAUCUCAAUAAUAAAACAUAGCCACUGUGAAUAGACCAAAGCAAUGUCGCACAUUAUAUUUUGCUCCUCCAGGUGUGUGUCCUGUAUAUUGAUGCUGUGUGGAUGGUCCUUCUGGUUCUUCAGUAUCAUUUUAUAAUCCACAGUAUUUGUAUGAAAACAUAAAAUGUUUAUUUUCAUGCUGUACAUUUCUUGAAUAAACCUAUGUUUUUAAUUAAAAAAAGACAUCAUUUGAAA